CUGGAUAAUUUAAAGCAACAGAAUCUUGAUUGCGAUCAGCUAGAACCACUUUCUCAUCUUUCCGCUCAGACAAAACAAACAUGGCCCCCAACAUCCGUGAGCGCACCUACAUCAUGGUCAAGCCCGAUGGUGUUGACCGUGGUCUUGUUGGCGAGAUCACUGCCCGCUUCGAGAAGCGUGGCUUCAAGCUCAUCGGCGCCAAGCUCGUCUCUCCCACCAAACAACAUCUCGAGAAGCACUAUGAGGACCUCUCCGACAAGCCCUUCUUCCCUGGUAUGAUCAGAUACAUGCUCUCUGGCCCUGUCUUUGCUAUGGUCUGGGAGGGCUUGGAUGCCGUGAAAACUGGCCGUGUCAUGUUGGGCGCGACCAACCCCCUUCAGUCAGGCCCUGGCACCAUCCGUGGCGACUACGCCCUUGCCGUUGGCCGUAAUAUCUGCCAUGGCUCUGAUUCCGUCGAGAACGCCGAGAAAGAGAUCGCUCUCUGGUUCCCAGAGGGCCUCGUCCAAUAUUCGCGCUCCAAUGAGGCAAAGGUCUACGAGAUCUAGACGUGUACAAAAGGGUAGCAACAAGAAUUGCCAAAUGUUGUAAACUAGAUACCAUUCCGACUGCACCUGGAAAAUGGCC